AUGUCUGUCGUCACCAGCAUCAUCCACACCUCGCCUCUCCAAGCCAAUGAAGGCAUUGGCUUCACACCCGUUUUCCUCUCCAUAUCUUUCCAAGGAAGUACAGCGCAGUCUGCACAGUUGAAUUUUGGUACCAUUCCACUACAGGUCACAAUUCUAUGGCCGCGAGAAUUUGGAGGGCAGGCGGUGCCUGUAAUUCGCCAUAUUUCCUGGACAGAAUUGGUUUCAAAUUUCGAGUCGCAGUCUGUCCCACAGCUCAUGAUACCCUUCUUGCCACUUCCGCCAUCUUUCAAUCCCUUGUCCGAGGCCAGUUGGUCUGUGCUCGCCAGACAGGUGGAAACUUGGCUGGUUGACACCAUUCGGGACGUUAGAGCGCCUGAGUGGGCUUGGGGCUGUGACGCAUUCUGGAUGGCAUUCAUUGCCGCCAAUCCAGACUUUCCUCGGGGGCCCUGGCCUAACUGGAACCCUAAGAUCAGUUUGGAAGGGAAAUUUAUCGAGUCUUGGACAGCGGACAACCUGACUAUACCAGCUGAUAGCCCUCUCAGCCAGGACAUCCUGGAUGAGAUUCGCACAAGUAUAUGGGAUGAUUUUCAGCUUAUUUUUACCGUCCCUCCGUUUUUGUAGCGUGUUUCAUCUAGUUAUAUUUGCU